AUGGAUAUCAUUGUUGCUACCCGAUCAGCUCAAAGCUUGAGGAGGCUAUGGAGAAGAAAAAGAUACCAAAGGUUGGGAAGUGACAGUACUGGCCCCACAAGAUCGAGGAGCUUUCGGGUCGGUCGGAUGAGACGACGAGUAGCUCCGAAACAUCGGUUGAAAAUGUCGUCGCCAUUGAAAGUUCUAGCGAAGAUUCACGACGCUUAUGUCGACAUGAUGAUGAGGUUUGCCAACAGUGUGGGGAAUAUGUAUGCCAUUGGAGCCUUUGGAAAUAGGAAGAGGAUACCAAAACCUCAAAAUCAAGUUCCUCUUGUUUCUUGUAGUGGGGAGCAAGUUGAUGCUAAGUUGGUCUUGGAAAUUUAUAACAAACUUGCUGCUUCCAAGAACAACUCCACUACUGCUGCUGCUAAUUUUUGA